CGUUUGUCGUGUAGCUGUCGUUCUUCAACGAUGAAAACAGACGAAGAGAUGGGCCUCGACCGCGGCGGCGUCGAGCUCGAGACCGACGACGAAGAGAACCAAGCUCGGCAAGACAACACCGACUACUCCCCCUCCUCUUCCUCCUCCGCCUUCUCCACCACCACCACCACUUCGUCUCCUCGCCUCUGCGAACCCUCCGACGAUGGAGACCAUGAAUCCAGUACCUUUAUUUGGCCCCAAAGUUACAGACAAUCCAUUGAUAUGAUGAGCAAUGUGAGCGUGAGCGUGCAAUCUCCUAAUUUGGUUGGGAGUGUAUUGAGAGGUGGAUCAAGCUGGCUUAGCAACUCCUUUGCAAGGCCAGGGAGUGUAUUUAGAGGUGGUUCAAGCUUGGUCGGAAGCCCCUUUGCCAGAACUGAUGAAGCUUCCCUUGAUAAACCUCUUAUUCGGCCUCAAAUCCCUUACCCUGAUCAACACUAUCUUCCUGCUCCUCCAGAUUGUCGAACCCCUAUCGACAAUGCUGUAGUUCGGAAGCCUUCCUUCAAGGAACUCCCUCCAUCUCCAGAGUGUUCUACAGCUCAAGCUAUAGUAAAUGGGCUUAAUGUUCUGUGUGGUGUGGGGUUGCUUACCACACCCUAUGCAGUGAAAGAAGGAGGGUGGUUGGGUAUGCUGUUGUUGCUUGGUUUUGGUUCUAUCUCAUUCUACACUGGGAUUUUAUUGAAGAGAUGCUUGGAUAGCUCUCCAGAACUCCAAACAUAUCCCGAUAUCGGCCAGGCUGCGUUUGGGAGGACUGGGCGUUUAUGCAUCUCAGUGAUCCUCUAUUUGGAGCUUUAUGCAUGUUGUGUAGAGUACAUAAUCUUAGUUGGUGAUAGCUUGUCAUCAAUGUUUCCAAAUGCUCAUCUAAACUAUCUAGGAUUUGUUCUCAACUCCCAGCAGCUCUUUGCCAUAACUACUGCAUUUCUGGUUCUUCCAACUGUUUGGCUUCGAGACCUUAGCUUGCUGUCAUACCUAUCAGCUGGAGGUGUGACUGCGUCCGUGAUAGCUGUGUUGUGCUUGCUUUGGGUGGGUACCGUCGAUAAAGUUGGAUUUCACCCAGGUGGUACCCCAUUGGAUCUUGCCAACUUGCCAGUUGCUCUUGGUUUGUAUGGUUUUUGUUUUUCAGGACAUUCGGUUUUCCCCAACAUUUAUUCAUCAAUGAGAACACCAUCAGAGUUUCCCUCUGUAAUGUUUUACUGCUUUUUGAUAUGUACAAUUGUUUACUCCGGUGUAGCUGUUCUAGGGUAUAUGAUGUUUGGUGAAUUCACAAAAUCUCAGUUUACACUGAAUUUGCCUCCUGAAUUUGUUGCUUCUAAACUCGCAAUUGGGACUACGGUUGUGAACCCACUCUCAAAGUAUGCUCUUACAAUGACUCCAGUAGCACUAAGUCUAGAGGAAAUCUUACCUUCAAAUCAUCAAUCUCGCCCGGUUGUGUUAGUGAUCAGAACACUUCUAGUUCUCUCAACAUUAAUUGUUGCACUUAAGGUUCCAUAUUUUGGCUUUGUGAUGGCAUUGCUUGGAUCGAUCUUCACAAUGCUUGUGGCUCUUAUUUUACCAUGUGCUUGCUACCUUAGCAUCCAGCGGAGAUCUACAAAUUAUCUCCAGGUAUCUUUAUGUGUUUGGAUUAUUUUGGUUGGAGUGGCAUGCUCAUGCAUUGGAUCAUACUCCUCAAUCAAGCAAAUUCUUAGUAAGGCAAACUGAAGGAAAAAUAUGCCAAUUAAAAUCAGUAAAUAACCUGUUAUUUGUUCAUUGUCGACUCUAAUCAUCUC